GUCACUCCAGUUGGCCAAACACCAUCUCAUCUUACGUUGAUUUACGCCGUUUAUUGACUCGUAUUGACUCGCUGAUGGCCCUCAAUGUUGUCCCACGGCAAUGUUUUGAAGGGAAAGAGCAUGCAGAAUAAGUAGAAGCUCAUCGAAAUACAGAGAAUGAGAACAGAGUCUGUCAAAAUCAUGUCUUCUGUGGCGGGUAAUUCAGAGCAAGACAAGCCGUCUUCAUCAACUUCGUCUUCAAAUGACUGUCUACCGCCGAGUGUUGUUCAAGUUUCACGUGAGGAGCUUCGAAAAUUCUUAAAAUGCAAGCGCGUGGGGAACUAUCUUCUUGGCAAAACAAUUGGUGAAGGUUCUUUUGCCAAAGUCAAGCAAGGAUUCCACGUUUUGACAGGAGAAAAGGUUGCAAUCAAAAUCAUCGACAAGAAACAAGCCAUGGAAGAUCGYUAUGUAUCAAAGAACAUGAGACGGGAAGCUAAGAUCCUUCAAAUGGUUCGACAUCAAAACGUUAUACAGUUACUUGAAGUAGUGGAAACAGAAAAUAGGUAUUAUUUAGUAUUUGAAGUAGCUAGUGGAGGUGACCUGAUGGAUUAUAUAUGUUAUCGUAAGAAACUUGGCGAAGUUGAAGUGCGCAAGUUUGUAAGACAGAUCAUUUCCGCUGUUCAUUAUUUACAUCGAGGAGGCAUAAUACAUAGAGACCUUAAAGUAGAAAAUUUACUUUUAGAUGAAGACUACAAUAUCAAGAUUAUAGAUUUUGGUCUAAGCAAUACAGUAUAUGUACCACAGACAGGAGAAAGAUCUACUACGAGGGAACAUUGUAAGACUCAGUGUGGCUCCCCUGCUUAUGCGGCCCCUGAGAUUCUAGGACAUCUAACAUAUGGUACCAAGGUGGACGUAUGGAGUAUAGGUGUUAAUAUGUACGCCAUGUUGACUGGUAAACUACCCUACACUGCUGAACCCUUCAAUAUCAUCACACUAUACAACAAGAUGGUUAAGGGGGAAAUGAACCCUAUACCAGACCGACUGUCACCAGGUUGUAAAGAUUUAAUAUUAAGAUUCCUGACGUUCGAGCCUACUGAACGCAUCUCCAUCGAAGAAGCCCUGAACCACACAUGGCUGAAGAAAGGCUACGAGAGUGACCCGCUCGUUCCCAUGCCCUUCCCGAACUAUCUGAAACCCGAGGAAAUGAACAGAGACAUCAUUAGUCACAUGACUAACAGAAUGCAGUUCAAAGAACAGGAUAUCAUAGAUGGGGUUACGAACAAUAGGUCAAACGCCGCGUCCUGUGUUUACCACCUCAUAAACAAAAAACUACAGCGAUACAUCCAUCAGCACCCAACACCGAAACUACCGCGCCGAUUGAUAAAAACCGACUCGACGGAUGAACCCGAUGCUGUGCCGAAGAAGCCACGAAUGGAAGACACCGCUGGAUCCGGGUACAGUAGUAGCAACAGGCUUCAAAAAUUAAAAGCCGAUUCAGCGCAGGAAGGGAGCUCUGCUGCUGGGUCGUCACAGUGUAGUCAGGGAAUGCGUGGUCGCCUUGCUAGUGAUAGGGAUGGUAAUGAAUUGAAAGGAUCCGCUGCGAUGCCAGACGAGGCUGAUGGUGCCUUAGCGACACCAAAAGAAGAAACAGUCCACAAAUCAGGAGCUUUCAACCACAUGGAAUCUUUAGAAAUCGCAGAUGACGAGAUCCCUGAACAAAAGGAAUCAGAAGAGGGGCACAAUGGCAUGGCCAUCAUACGAGAGAGAAAAGACGAACCUACCGAGCCCGUGGGCCGGAAAAUUUCCGAAACUUAUAAAAUGAGGUUGGCGAGGAAGCAGGCAUCUGUUGAGGUGUUGGUGCAAGCUCCUUCUCAAUCUUCUGAAAAACAACUAAUGGAGAAUAAUGAUAAUAAUGAUGACCUAAACAUUAGGGCCGAAACCUCGACGAAAGAUGUAAGCAACAGCGAGUCAAGUACGAUAAGCGACGACGUUUUCGUGAAGGAAAGUUUCAAAGAAGAUGAAAUAACCGUCGUAAGAAAAAUGAAUGUCAGAAAAGAUUCAGGCACGAAGCCGGUGGUGCGGAUUUCACCGAUUAAUACCAAGGUCAUUGCCAUCCCUCUUUCCCCCGCGCCCAAGCCUCUUGUACAACCACAUCCAAUAAAGAUUCCACUGGAGAGGAAGGGAUCGCUUCCCUUGUCAGUUCCGCGGGAACGAACUCCCAGUAACCAUGACAACAAGACUGACACGUCACCGUUUGCUUUUAGAGGAAGGCGAGGUUCUCUUCCCAGUAGAACGUACCCCGUAACACGUGACCCUAGCCCUAUAAGAAAACCAAUAGAACCACCUGAGCCAAUCAAACCCAAGAUAUCAGAUCCUAGUGGUCCUACCUACGGGCUUGUUUGUCAGGUGACUAGUGUAGAGCAGAAAGAAAAGGGUCCUGAAAAGGAAGGCCCUGAGUCUGCGCAGUUGAUGGUUCGUAGUACGCUGAGUCCUUUGUCGGUACAUUGUAGUCCCAAACCGACGCGGCGGUAUUCGACUCCAGUCAGCCCUAUGAAGGACUUUUAUAAGGAAGUACUAGGAUUUGAUUCUGCGAAGGAUAAUACUCCGAUAAAGACCAGAGAUGACAGUAGUGUAGGUACAACAAAGAUGGGAGAUAUAUAUGAUGGUGGUGAAGUGGUUGUAGCAAACAAAGGUGAUGUUAGUAAGGAUGAUGUGGUAAGCAAAGGUAAUGAUGGUGACAAAUCUCAAGCUAGUGACGCAGUCGAAUCAAGUUUGUCGAGUUUGAGACCGUUCGCUUCUCCGUCAAGGAAUCGACGUUAUUCUACUUCGUCAACUUCGAGUGACGAUUCAAAAAGAACCACAGCACCACGUGCUCGCAUAUCCUUACCCUUCACCCCUCGCGAGCCUCUUCUUCCUAACCUUAGCCUCAAGCUGCAUACCAAGCACCCACCGAUCGAACCGCUUAACCUCCCUCCUCCGUCCAUGUCACCAAGGAAACUGAGUCUAGAUAGCUGCAAGGCAGGAAGAGAUAAGGAUCGGAGCCAUCGCUCACGAAGACGAAAUACGGUCAUGGAAACUUCGCGUCAACACGCUCUGGCGGAUACCGAAGUGAGUAARUCGACACGUGAACCAUGCGAUGGAAAGGAAUCACGUGAUCAAGAUGACCGCAAGGAGUCACGUGAUCGUUYGUAUCGAAAGGGUUCCAAGGACAGAAGGGAGUUCGGUGACCAAUUGGAAUCGAGGGAGGCACGCGCGGCGCGUGUAAGAAAAACAAUAGACUUCGAUUCCAGAAUAUCGGUUGAAAAAGUCAUGAAUGACUCGCAGACCAAGAACACAGGUGCACGUGACUCUUCUAGUGAAUCACGUGACGCAAGGAUUUCGCGUGAUGUACGAGAAUCGCCCGACAGACGAAAAAGUGAACCUUUCAGAGUGCCUGUGAUGGACUCCCGGAAUGCAAAACCGAGCCACGCUCGGAUAAAAACUCGGAGACAGACGACAGAGCUCGACACCAGAUCGUCUCGUAAGACAAGGGGGACUGCGACUCAUGUCGAUGUACCAAAAUCACGUGAUCACAGAAGCUACAGUGACACACGUGAUCCGGCAAUAAAACGAAUCAUCAGUGAAGCACUUGGCGAGUCAUUCGGAGAUACAACCAAACCACGUGACCGAAGAAAGGCCGAAUCUCGUGUGCCUGAGUCUAGGUCGUCGAGAACCAUUAAAGAUCGACGUUCAAGUAUGCCAGUGAUGAUUACGGCUCGAGUCAGACACGGAAAAGAUACAAAGGAGAAUGGAAACGAUAGUGGAGUUAAACUCAGCGAUUCUUCUUCAAAAAGCGAGGACGUGGAGGAUAGUCCGCUGACACAAAGGAUGCGGGAUUCAAGUUUAACCAAUCAGGAGAAAGCUAAAGAUACAGCCAAUCAGGAGGGAGGGGAAUACGUCACGAAAAGGGUUGUUGUCAAGGAAAGACAAAGAUGUGAACCAAGAGAGAUAGAUUUCAAUGAAAAUACUCGCGUUGCUAUAGAAACUAGUUCUGAUAAGGAUUUCAUUCAUUCUGGGAGCAGUCGACGUUCAAGAGAUCGACAAAGAAGACAUACGGUAACUCUUCCCAGAACUCAGCCCGAAGCUUCGCCACCUGUUGUCACUUCCACCAAAUACACCGUGUUGAGCUCACCCAAAAUAUGUCGAAAGUCAGAGGUUUAGUAGAUUUUAUAGAAUGUAGUCUAAAAUAUUCAACCAAUAAGAGCUUAGCAGCCUUUUUAUGACAGAAAGGAAUAUUUUUACACAAAAAUAUUUUAUGAUAGAAAAUUGAAUUCCAUCCCUGCGGAUAUAUAACUUGAACGCAUUCAAGAAAUAUGUGUAUUGUAUUUUAUACGUUUAAGAUUUAUGCUUUUAAAGUAUUUUCAAUACCGAAAACCGACUUUGAUUGAUAGCAGUUUUAAUCACGUGUCAUUAUGUGGACAAAAUCUCCAUCAUAACCAGUCCUUCUCGUUCUUCGUGGUCGAGAGAAUCUGGAUACUAGAACAAAUAAACUUUACGUAGCUUUAGAAAUUAUGAAUGAAAAAUUAAUGAAGAUAGUUAAAUGUUAAAUUAAAUAUUCUGAAUAUUUUAUUUGUUUAUAUUUAUAAAAAAAUCUGAAAUAACA